CGCGCUUCCUGGCGUCCGCUCCGGAGACGGAAAAGCGGGCCGCCGGAGCGCCGCGCGUCUGUACCGCCAGCCGACGGGGCGGCUGCUGGCCUCCCGGGCCGGGCCUCCUCCGAGCCGCGCGCCAUGGCGUCGGAGGGGCCUCGGGAGCCCGUGGGCGAGGGCUUCAAGUUGUCAGCAGAUGUCAAACCAUUUGUCCCCAAAUUUGCUGGGCUCGGUGUGGCAUGGUCAGAGUCUUCGGAAGCACGUGUGUUCCCUCGCUGUGCAGCCGCCUACUAUCCGUGCGUUCAGGAGCUCCCUGUGCCUGAGCAGAAGCUCUAUACUGAAGAUGUGGCCUUCGGAGCUUCACCUUUCCCACCUCAGUAUUUAUCUUCUGAGCUUGCUCUUCAUCCGUGCCGUUACUCUCCUUACCCCGUGGAGUGCUCACAGAGCGGCUGCCCAGUGCCCGGCUCCCAGUAUGCUUGCGGCCGCCCCAGUGCGUACCGAGGUUUUCAGACCGUGAGGCCGCGAGGCGAGCAGAUGUGCCCUGUCCCACAAGACUCAAAAGCUUUGUUUAAGAAAAAAACAUAUGAGCAGAAGUUUGACAGCAAGAAGGCUGAUGGAUCUCUGUCAUCUGAUAUAAAAUCAGUUAGAGGUUCACAUCCUGUGUCCAUUCACGCUGAUGCAAACUUGAAACCAGAUGGUUAUCCGAAACGAACAGACAGGAAAUCCGGAAUCGUUGAAAAAAGUGGAUCUGCCUCCAAACCUGAGUUUGAAUUUAGCAGGUUGGACUUUCCUGAACUGCAGGGUCCAGAGCACAGUGAGAUCUCAGAGACAGAGAAGCAUUCCAAGUGGGGGCCUCUGCGCUCCGCCUCCGCUGACCUGUCUCUUCUCCGAGAGGUGGUGAAACCCGCCGUGGUGACAGCGGAGGGUGAAGGGGUGGUGAGAAGCACGGAUGCAGCGGAGACCAUGACCGGCAGCGCUGCGGCUGAUCCUGCCUCCUGUACCAGAGAGUUAUCUUGGACACCAAUGGGUUAUGUUGUUCGGCAGACAUUAUCUACAGAACAGUCAGCAGCCCCUAAAAACGUUACUUCCAUGAUAAACCUAGAGAUGGUCGCUUCGUCAGCAGACUCUAAAAGCGUUAGUAUGUCACCUCCUGAAGUUUUAUCUUCGGAUCCUUCCUACAAAGAGAAACACAUCCACUCUGCUAAAAAGUCCAAAGCAUCACAAGGUGGCGAUCCUGAACAGAAUGAAGCCUCAAGAAAGCAUAAGAAAAAGAAAGAAAAGUCUAAAUCAAAAUAUGAAGUCUUGACCGUUCAGGAACCACCAAGGAUUGAAGAUGCCGAGGAGUUCCCCAAUCUGGCAGUUGCGUCUGAAAGAAGAGACAGAGUAGCAUCUCCGAACUUUCAGUCCCAGCAGCAGCCGCAGAAUAAUUUUAAAAAUAGUGGAAAGAAGAGCCAGAUUCCAGUACAGUUGGAUUUGGGAGGAAUGCUGGCAGCCCUGGAGAAGAAGCAACACUCACAGAGUGCAACGCCGUCCUCCAGACCUGUGGUGGUCUCAGUCGGGGCGGUGCCGGUCCUCUCCAGAGACACCGCGUCGGGGAAGAAGGGCCACCACUUGAGCCAGGUGAAGACCCCGCACAACCCCCUGGACUCCAGCGCCCCACUGAUGAAGAAGGGGAAGCAGAGGGAGGUCCCCAAGGCCAAGAAGCCAACCUCGUUGAAGAAGAUUAUUUUGAAAGAACGGCAGGAGAGAAAGCAGCAGCGUCUCCAAGAAAACGCUGUGAGCCCAGCUCUCGCCAGUGAUGCCGUACUGGAUGGUGAGAGCGGUGGUGACGAGGCCCUCGAGCCGGCCGACCCCUCAGGAGGGCCGGAGGCGUCGCCGUGCUCUGCGCCCGUGCUGGAGGGCAGGUCAGAAGAGCUGCCGAGAGCGGAGCUCCAGAAGGAGGUGGAGGGCUGCCACCUCGUUCCCAACGGCGCUGGCUGCCCCAAGAUCCACAGCCGGAGAUUCCGGGAUUACUGCAGCCAGAUGCUGAGUAAGGAGGUGGACGCCUGUGUGACGGAUCUGCUGAAGGAGCUGGUGCGCUUCCAAGACCGCAUGUACCAGAAAGAUCCAGUCAAGGCUAAGACCAAACGCCGACUCGUGCUGGGGCUGCGGGAGGUCCUCAAGCAUCUGAAGCUCAGGAAACUCAAGUGCAUCAUCAUCUCUCCCAACUGUGAGAAGAUCCAGUCGAAAGGUGGGCUGGACGACACGCUGCACACCAUCAUCGAUUACGCCUGUGAGCAGAAUAUUCCCUUCGUGUUUGCGCUCAACCGCAAAGCUCUGGGGCGCAGUUUGAACAAGGCCGUUCCCGUCAGCGUGGUGGGCAUCUUCAGCUACGACGGGGCCCAGGACCAGUUCCACAGGAUGGUCGAGCUGACGAUGGCCGCCCGGCAGGCGUACAAGACCAUGCUGGAGAAGGUGCGCCGGGAGCUGGCCGGGGAGCCUGGGCCCCCGGCUCCGGCCAGCCCGCCUGUGCAGGGCCCCGGCGGCUCGGCGCAGGACGGCCCCCCUGCCCCUGCGCCCGGGAGCGAAGAGCCAUACUACAGUCUCCGUGGACCUGCUGUGUUCUGUGUGGCUGCUGAGUUGGGAGGUGAAGCCAGGAUGCGUAUCCCGGGAAGGGGCCCUCGGCUGUGCUGGUGGGAGCCUCGCCCAAGAGCCCCGAGAUGCAGCUUUGGAUCUGAGACACGGAGUCUGGAAAAGCCCGGACGUGUAGCCCCCUGAGUUCUCUGCUAUGAAGGAAACCCCCUCCGAUGCGGAAGAGCUGAGCCGUGUCAGUGUGUGGAAGGUGCCGGGGCCGGGUGGUGGGGGGUGGGGGCCUUUCUCCGGACCUGGCUUUUUGGCCGCAAGAUUUGGGGAUACUUGGGAGGGUCUGCUAAAAUGAGCCUCAGAAGGAAAAUCGGUUCUCUAACCUGUGACCUUUUGACAUGAAUUACUCAUUUUUGUCUUUAUUUUUCAAAGAAGCCGUGUAUAUUGGAGUUCCUAAAUUUCAGUUUUGAUAAUCUGCAGAUGUUUUCUUUCUUUCGUAAAUGAACGUAUUCUGAAUGUGGUUUCUGUCUUGGAGGCCAGCAGGAUAGAAGUUUGCUUUCAUACUUUGCUGUAAGUAAGAGGGCUUAUUUAUUUUGAAUAAAGAGCGAUGAUUUGGUCA